AUGGCUAUUUCCUUACAAUGUAAAGUUGUUUAUGGUUUAAAAACUGAUGUAAUUUCAAAUGCACAUUAUAUUACGGAUGCAGAAAUUUUAUACCCUGUCGGAACUGUAAUAGCAGUUCAUAAUAUUCCGCAAUGUCGGCAAAGAUUGAUACGUUUAUCUGACAAACAACAAAUAAAUAUAAUUUCAGUUACACACGAUAAGAAAUAUGUUGCAACAUGUGAAGUUGGUGAAAAACCUACUAUAUCUAUUUAUGAUCUUCACACAUUAAAACGAAAGAAACUUCUUGGAAUACCAUAUGAUGCUCCUGAUGUAACAAAGUUUACUUGUAUAGGAUUUACUUUUGAUAAUAAGUAUCUAGCAGCAGUUACAGGAGAACCUGAUCAAACAAUGCUUUUUUAUAAUUGGGAAAAAGGAAAAGUAGAAUCCAGUUUAAAAGUAGGCACUCCACAGAAUCCGUUGGCUAUUGUAGAAGUAUUAGUUUGUAAUCCAUCUGAUGUAGGAAUACUUGCACUUGGAGGGCUACACACAUUUAAAUUUUUAACUCUUUCUGAUACUGUAUGGAGACCAUAUGGAUUUUCUAAAGCAGAUAAUAUACUUACAUGUUCUAUGACUUGGUUGAGUUCAGAUAGACUAUUGCUUGGAACUAAAGAUGGUAGAAUACUUUACUUAGAGAAUGGUGAUUUGAAAAACAUUUAUAAAAUGACUGAUACAGUACAGAUGAAUCUUAAAAUUCGUGAAGAAUAUGUCAUACAAGCUAGUAGUUCAUUAACAGCCAUGGAUUCAAAGCAAGAAAUUCCAUGGGAAAACAAUGUUCGCUGUUUAAUUUCAUUUCAAAGAGGAUUUGCAUAUGCAUUUGGUUCAAGAACAAUUAUAGUUUUUGAGAAAGAUGGUCCACAUAAAUAUGUAAAAAGAAAUAUUUAUAUAGUUCCAACUCAAGCAACUAAACAAGAAAAUAAAGAUUUAUAUCAAAUCAAUAAUAUAAAUCCUAACUUAAGUUCAGACCGUUUGAUAAUUACGACUGGUUGGCCCCAAUUAUUUUAUGCAAGAUUAUGGGGGCCAGAUCUAAAUGUAGAUCCAGAACCGCAAGAAUUAAAAAUUGUAGGUCAAACAUUGCAUUUUGGUCCCAUAAUUGAUCUUUCUAUGUGUGCAUGGAAAUCAAUUUUCAUGACUUGUGGAGAACUUGAUCAUAGUGUAAGAUUAUGGGAUUUUGAAACAGAGAGUUUAAUUUUACAUAAACAAUAUACAGAAGAUAUUUGUGGAAUUGCUUUGCAUCCUACAGGUCUUUUUUGCUUGAUAGGUUUCAGCGAUAAAUUACGUUUUAUGAGUAUAUUAAUAGACGAUUUAUUGCCUAUGGAGGAAUUUUCUAUAAGAUGUUGUAAGACUGUAAAAUUUAGUCACGGUGGUCAUUUAUUUGCUGCCGUUAACGGGAAUAUUGUACAAGUUUAUUCCACUAUUGAUUUUACUAAUCGAUUUGUCUUAAGAGGGCAUACUAAGAGAAUAAAGACUUUAUUAUGGUCGACAACAGAUACAAAACUAUUUACAUUAGGUGGAGAAAGUGUGAUUUAUCAGUGGGAUAUGAGUACUGGUUGUCGUACAGACCAAAAAAUUUUCAGAAAUACCAUCACUGUACAUGAUAUUGCUCAUUCUUUCGAUGAACGAUCUAUAUAUAUUAUUGAUAAUGCUAAUUCUAUACACGAGAUAAAAGAUGAUGGGGUAAUAUCUAAAUUUAAUUGGAUAAAAAAUGCAAAUAUGUAUUGCAUGGCAUUAGCAAAAGGAGUUCUAUUUUUAGUUUGUUCUGGUGGCAUUAUUUUAUCAUUACUAUGUCCAGUUCAAGAACCAAUUGAAUAUACAAGUUUCCGUAUUCAUUCUGUUGAUAUUACAAAGAUUGCUCUUUCAUAUAAUGAACAAUACUUAAUAUCUACUGGUAUAGAUGGUAGUUUGUGUAUUUGGAAACUAAUCCAUUCUGAAGGAACAGGAAAGAUUGGACAAGAAAUUACAUAUACAAAUGAAGUAUUAAUUAAUAAAAAUGACCUGCAAGAGAAAAUACAGAUGAUUAUAGACUUAAAUGUUAGAAUGAGAGAGUUGGAAACUGAACAUGCAUAUAAAAUGCGUCAGGUAGAAGUAGUACAUAAUGAUAAAGUACGGGACAUACAUCAAGUAUAUUGUGAAGCUAUUGAAGAAUUGAGGGACAAGAUAAGUAAACAACAAGAAGAUUACAAGAACGCGCUGAACACAAUAAAUGUAGAAAUACUUAAAAUGAAGGAAAAACACGAAGAAACGGUAAAACAGAUAGAAACGAAUUAUGAUGCUAAACUUAUUACAGAAUAUGAUAGAUAUUUAGCGCUUGAAAGUAUAAUGAAUACCAUGCGACAAAAUUAUGAAAAACGUUUGGAAGAAAUGGAGAAGCAUGGAACUGAAGAAUUACAAAAAGCAACAAAUAAAUACGAGGCUAUUCUUCAUGUGAAGAAAUUACAAUUGGAAGACACUCAGGAUGAAAUGCUGCAGCAGGUACGAGUACAUGAACAAAUAGUAACACAAGUAGAAGAUGAUGUUGAUAAAGAAAUAUUGGACCUAAGAACAAAUUAUGAAACAUUACUAUACAAAGAAAAAGAAUUAAAUAUACGAUUAAAAGGAGAAGCUGGAAUGAUGCGUAAUAGAUAUAUGGCGAGUUUGAAAGAUGUUGAAGAAUUGAAAAGGCAAGUGCAGCGAGUUCAGAGUGAAUAUAUAUAUUUCCAAAAAACUAUCCAAGAAUUAGAAAAAGAUAAGGAAGAUCUGAGGAAGGAAAUAAAUGAAAGAGAUAUUACUAUUCAGGAUAGAGAACGUCAAAUAUACGAAUUAAAGCGUUCGAAUCAAGAAUUGGAGAAGUUUAAAUUCGUUUUAAAUUACAAGAUUACGGAAUUGAAAAAUCAAAUAGAACCGCGAGACCACGAAAUUAAAGAGCUUAAAGAAAAAAUUCGAGAUAUGGAAACGGAACUUGUAAAUCUGCAUAAAACCACUGUCAGUUUAGAAUUGCAGUUACAUGAAUUGAGGGAAAAGUUAGGAGCCGCGAGACGUGAACUUCAAUAUGAAUUACAUAGAAAUAAAAGAUGCCAACAACUUUUAAAAAGAAUACGAGUAGAUUUGCUUGAUGCCUCAGGACUUGUGCAAGAUCCACAGGCAUUAAAGAGUGCUAUAACGAAAUUAUACCAGAAAUAUAGUUCAAGCGAUGAAUUCCUUCGUAGUCGUAAAGCAGAUUUAGACGUGCAAUGUGAGUUUAUGAAACAGAGAGAUCAUUUAGAGAGAACAAUAGCUUCCCUUAGGAAACAAGUUUUCCAAAAUAAAGGUAGCAAUGGUAAAGAUGUAGAUAAAACGGUGGAGGAAAAUAUUAUUUUGAUCACAGAAUUAAAUGCUUUAAGAGAAGAAUUGAAAGAUGCAAGAAAACAUAUACUACACAUGGAAGGUUUAUUAGGGUUAGCAACAAAAGAUAUAAAACCGUCAGAGGCGAGAAAGAAAUUGGAGCAAGCAUGCUAUGGACAUGAGCAUCUACGAAUCGAAUAUAGAUCUCAAAUGCAAGAGUGUCACAAUAUAAUAAUUGCUUUAAACGAUGAUAUGUAUAAAUUAAUAAGUAAGCUGCCUUGUGAAGAACCAGAAACUAAAAUAACUUUUUAG